AUGUCUGACGAAUCAAUCAGUAAUAACUUUAGAAAAGAAAUAAUAAAGUAUUGGGAUGACAAUCGUGGUGUCAAAACAGCUACAGAGAUGGCAUCUCAUUUGAGAAUUUCAAGGGCUACUUUUGACACGAUCGUUAAAAUUUAUGAGAACACCGGUAGGACAGAGGCAUUGCGUAGGGGCGGCCGUCAGCAUUACCCCAUACGACGUAAUGAUGCCGAUAUCAAAGAUGCAAGAUUUGAAUUCGGUAAUAAAUUGAUGGUGGAAGGAAUAAGUUACAAUCAUAAUUGUAUCUUUGUUGAUGAAAGUGGCUUCAAUCUUUGGAUUACAAGAGGAAACGCUAGAUCUAAGAAAGGAUCCCCAGCAUUUCAAGUUGUUAGUAGUCAACGCAAAAGAAAGAUCUCUCCAAUUGCUGCAAUGUCUAUUCAUGGUGUAGAAUCGUGCGCUACAAACAAUACGGCUCAUGGGACUAACGGAGAAGUGUUUGCCGAGUAUAUGAAACAAUUAUGUCAAUACUUGGAUAGAAACGACGCGCCAGAUCAAACAAUUAUCAUGGAUAACUGUGCAAUUCAUAAGUCAUAA